AUGGAGCUUUCACUCGACGACAUCUUGUACUCGGGCGGUGACAACACCGAACUGGCCAUUCCGUACGACGACGUUGAUGAUCUUGCCCCUCAAUCACGCAGCUCCUCAAACUCACUCGCAGGCGCCAACAGCCAUAUCGACGCGCUCUCGCACACCUCAAACCCCAGCAGCGGGCUCGAUCUUCCCAGUCCGGGCUUCCCGAAUGCUCAGAUCGACUGGCAUUCCGACUUUCAGCAGGCCAGGGCCGUGACCGGUCCUCCCGCGGAUGACUUCUCAUUUCUUAAUCAGCCCGCCCUCGACUGGGGUAAUCCACCACCUCUACCAACCAAUAAUGACCCGAUCAAAACGCCAAUGACUACAAUUGAUGAGUUCUUCAUCAAGAAUGGUGCAUCUCGGCCUCCCGCGCCUUGCACAAACUGUCGCCGACGACGACUCCAAUGCCUCAUCCUUCACACCACCGUCGACAAUCCCAACCCUACCAAGUCAUGCUCCAGCUGUGUCGCCCUGUUCCGCGAGUGCAGUCUCUCUGGGCGUCAGAAGCGGGAACCUUCAGCCUUUGAGACGUCUGAACCAGUCAUCGGUCAUCUUCACGGCGUGAGUGAGGACAACAUUCUGGGUGUGCCGACAACGAUCCAGGAAGGCCAAGGUGGCCAGUCACAACCUCAAGAGCUUUCACUUUCUGCAUUGUCCGGCAAAAGGGCGAAUACGCGAUCUGUGCGAAAGACGCGAGUGCUCAGAAACUGGUUCAUCUCCCAUAUUGACCAUCCCUAUCCAUCCGAGGAAGAAAAGGUCAGUCUCGCCCAGCAAUCCGGACUCAGUCGGAGCCAAGUAGUCAACUGGUUCGCCAACACGAGGCGUCGACACCGACUAUCGUCAGCCUACUCUAAAUCUCCAGGUCGCGGUCGCCAAGGAUUUGCACCGGGAUCACCCAUGCCUCACUACCUCCGCAAGAACAUGUCGCCUAUGGAUCGCUGGCGCAACUCACCUCCUGAAGAGGAAGGGGCCUCCGCAUCCGCCAUCCAGGACGCUCUCUCUGCUCAAUCCAGCGCUCACAGCUCAUUCGAGGGCUACGACUUGGGGAUAUUUGAUGUUCCCGGUUCGUCUGUAAGCAACGAAUCGCUCUGGCAGUCUGCCUUUCAAGAGGCUUCAUCAAACUCGGCGUCUUCAUGUUAUUCGUUUCGCUCAAGGGAAAACACUUUUCUGUCUCACUCUGCCAACAGCUCAGCGGGCGAAGGCCCUUCCAUGUCACGACCUACAUCAUCGAGGUCAAAAAGCAAGAAGUUUGUGGGCUUCCAAUGCACGUUUUGUCGACAGAGCUUCAAGAAAAAGUACGACUGGGUGCGACACGAGAGAUCCAUUCACCUCCCCGGUCUCGACGCGUGGAUCUGUUCGCUUCCCGUCUCUCCCGAUCAGUCGUUCCUCGUUUGGCGGGUCAACGAGAGCGGCCCGCAAUGCCUCUUCUGUGGCGACGACUCACCAAGCGACGAACACAUCCAGGCACACGAGUUCGAUACCUGCGCUGAGAGACCAGUCUCGGAGCGCAAGUUUACGCGCAAAGAUCACCUCUGGCAGCAUCUACACAAGUUCCACGGCUGCCGCAAAUGGGACGGGUGGAAGCCGGACCUGAGCCUUCUCCAGCACCGCCAAGAUGCGAUCAGGAGCAAGUGCGGCUUCUGCCAGGUGAUGAUGGACAGCUGGGAGGAACGGGCGGAUCACCUGGCGUCGCACUUCCGGUCGGGGUUGACGAUGGAGCACUGGGUCGGCGGGUCAGGGAUACAUGAUCCCGGGGAUAUGGAUAUCGAAGAGCGGCCUGUGACGUGA